CAACGGAAACCAGCUGAGAGAAAGGGUAGAGAAGAUAAGAUGGCGGAGUGAGCGAGUUGUACUUUGAACAGACGGUUGACCCUUGAAGUUUGUCAAUAACAACAGGGGGACUAAAAAGAUCCAAGAGACUUCGUUAACGUCAUCGAAAAGGCAGAUUUGAUCCUCAGCGCGGAGGAGGCCGAGAGUAUUUCUUUUUGCGGUGGUCCUUGCGAUAGCGUUAGCUUGAUGCUAACGUUAGCCAGCGUUAGGGUCGAAUCGACUGCUACAUCGAGGUAGCUAGGAGGUUGUUGGAGGCCGUAGCUUUUGUCAGAGUUUAUUGUGGCUGUUUAUACUUUUAAACUCGGAUUGUAUUCUGUGGUCCCUGAAGGGGUUGUGUUUUAACGCAGAUAAUUUGUAACAGAAUAAAGGGAAAACUUCAGGGGAUAUAUAUAUACACACACAUAUGUGUAUAUAUAUAUGUGUAUAUAUAUUGUUGCUUGCUUUUGUUAUUAUCGUUAGUGGGGGUAAUAGUAAAUCAACAAUUGCCCUUAACACCAAGUGGAUAUUUAGAACUCUAUGUUCUGCUGACAGUCGGACCAGACCACCCAUCAGAAUUUCCUAAAGUGAAUCGGGUGGAAAUCGUCAUUUGGUGGACAUUAUGGCGAGCAGUGGCUCAAAAGCCGAGUUCAUAGUCGGUGGAAAAUACAAGCUUGUUAGAAAAAUUGGAUCGGGAUCUUUCGGCGACAUAUAUCUGGCCAUCAACAUCACAAAUGGAGAGGAGGUAGCUGUAAAACUGGAGUCACAGAAAGCGAGACACCCACAGUUGUUAUAUGAAAGCAAACUGUACAAGAUUCUACAAGGUGGUGUCGGGAUCCCACACAUCAGGUGGUAUGGGCAAGAAAAGGACUACAAUGUCCUAGUCAUGGACCUGCUUGGACCCAGUCUUGAAGAUCUGUUCAAUUUCUGCUCUCGCCGCUUCACCAUGAAGACUGUCCUUAUGCUGGCAGACCAGAUGAUCAGCAGAAUUGAGUAUGUACACACAAAGAACUUCAUCCAUAGGGACAUCAAACCAGACAACUUUCUCAUGGGCAUUGGUCGUCAUUGUAAUAAGUUGUUCCUUAUCGACUUUGGCUUGGCGAAGAAGUACCGAGACAACCGAACACGACAGCACAUCCCCUACAGAGAAGACAAGAAUCUGACUGGCACAGCCCGCUAUGCCUCAAUCAAUGCUCACCUGGGCAUUGAACAGAGUCGCCGUGAUGACAUGGAGUCACUAGGCUAUGUGCUGAUGUACUUCAACAGAACCAGUCUGCCAUGGCAGGGAUUAAAGGCUGCCACAAAGAAGCAGAAGUAUGAGAAGAUCUCAGAGAAGAAGAUGUCCACCCCUGUUGAGGUCCUCUGUAAGGGUUUCCCAGCAGAAUUCGCCAUGUAUCUGAACUACUGUCGUGGCUUGCGCUUUGAGGAGGCUCCAGAUUACAUGUACCUGCGCCAACUGUUCCGCAUCCUCUUUAGGACUCUGAACCACCAGUAUGACUACACAUUUGACUGGACCAUGUUGAAACAGAAAGCUGCUCAGCAGGGGGGCUCAUCUGGUGGCCAGGGCCAGCAGGCACAAACCCCCACAGGCAAGCAAACUGACAAAUCCAAGCCUAACAUGAAAGGUUUCUGAGAGUUCUUUGCUCAGAGUUGAGCUGCAGAAGCGUUGGUGACCAGGGCCAACAAAUGUUUCUUCCUGGACAAACGACGAAGAAAGUCUGUUUCUCUCCUUCCACAAUAAGUAUCUAUGUAAUGGCAAUGUAUAGAUUUACACAUGCCUUUGUCUGCUGUGUUAUCUAUAUAUUAAUGUAUAUAUAUAAUAAAACUCUCCACUCCGAAAGACAAAGCAGGUUUAUUUUGGAUGUGGUUGCUGUAGCCCCCCUAGACACAUACACCUUUCCCCCAUCCAUCCCUCUGUCUGUUGUCUGUAUUGACUUUUUGUAAGGUUUCUUUGGAAUCUCAAGUUAAGAAGUUAGUCAGCUGACCCCUUUUUCUCUCCCAGUGGAUACAUCACAGCAUUUCUCUCCCCCCCUAAUUAUUUCACUCCCACAUUUUACCAAGCAAAUGUUAAAACAUGUAAACCUGAAAACUGUUCUCCUUUUUCUUUCUCAAAUAAUUGAAUGACUCAAUCCUGGAUGUUAUUUACUAAAAGACAAUGUUUUUUUGUUUUCUUUGGUGAUUAGCAGUUUGCCUGUUGAUGAUAUAAGCAGCUGAUGGCAACAGUCAGUGGUAGAAUGAUACUCUGGCUCUCUCCCUCUUUCUUUAGAGCUCUGAAUGAUUAUUAAAUCUGUUGUACAACCUAUGGUCUUCUCCAAAAAUACCAAUAAAAACAUAACAUAACUCAGA